AAAACCAAGUUGAUAAAUAGUACAAAAUAAAGAAGUCAAUUAUCAAAAACUCAUUCAUUGUAGAUAUAUAUUAAUUUUGCCAAAAAAAAAAAAUCAGAAUGACCUUAAAUAACAAGUCAUCCUUAAACUUAGCGAGCCUUUUUGCAGCCGGAACGAAUACAGAGAAUAAAGAUGACGGUAGAGAAGAAAAAAUAUCAUCAUUGGUUCUAACUCAAAAGAAAAUGAAUCUUUGUUUUAUACCAGGACAACGGGGUAAAUCUUUGUUGUGUUUCAACCACUUUACAUAUGCCAAAAAUAAUGUAUGUGGUAAUACAACGUAUUGGAAUUGUCGCAGUCGACGUGUCGGUAUGAAGCCAUGCAACGCUCGCAUCACAACAACGAAACAACCAAAUGGUCUGUUCAGAGUAUGCCUUACCAAACCUGAACACAAUCAUGAACCCUCUCUGCGCGUGCUGAAGAAGUUGAAAAGAUCACUUUAAACCUUAAUUAAAAUAAAAUAAGAAACUACAAAUAUAAAUAAUAAACAUUCAGAAAAUUGUA